GACGAAAUGGGUGAAGGGUGUGUCUGAAAUGGGUUAAGGGGGUGAAAAGGUACAUACUUCCAGCAUAAAAGAAACAAGUCAUGGGGAUGUAAUGUACAGCAUGGUGACUAUAGUCAAUAACACUGUAUUGCAUAUUUGAUGGUCUCUCAGAGAGUAAAUAUUAAAAAAUUUUUCAUCACAAGAAAAAAUAUUUUCGGUAACUAUGUAUAGGGAUGGAUAUUAACUAGCCCAAUUGUGACCAUUUCACAGUGUACAUGUGUAUCGUAUCACUAUGCUGUAAACCUGAGAUAAAUGUAACAUAUGUCAAUUAUACCUCAACUUUUAAAAAGUGAACAAGUCAGAUAUGGUUCUUGAUACACAUAUUCUAGACUAAGAGAAAGAAAAGAAAGAAUGAAAAACUCUGGUAGGUGUUACAAGGGCAGAAAAGAGGUGCUAAGGUAGGGAAUCCUGGCAGAGUGGCACAGACCUACUUGAGAAAGACUGAAUAGAGGUUUCUUUACUGAAAGCAUAACAUUUAAACUAAGACUAGGAGUAUGAAGAGUACAUAGCUACAAAAAGAGCAAUGAACUUUUGCCUUGUUCCAUCUGAGAGAGCAAGAUGGGUCACCAGGAGCUCUACUGUGGCCAUCCAAGGAAAUUUGGCCUGGGUUGUCAUUCCUGUCCCAUCUGCACAAACCGGCAAAGUCUGAUGUGGAAAUACUGUGUCACUAUGUGCCUCCAGGGUCUCCUUCAGUAUGGGAAGAAUAUGGGCUUCAUUAAAUUGGAUUAUGUGAGCCACCUUGAAUGGGUCCUCCAAGAUACCUACUGUAAUGCCUAUUCAUUGUACAUAAAAUAAAAAUACUUCCAUUUUGAGUGUUUUAGUGUGUAUGUGGGGGGUGCAGGAGCAAUGAGAACAGUGGAAACAGCACAUGCAAAAGAUCCCAGGCAAGAAAAAGCAUGGAGUGUUUGAAGAAAGAGGAUCAUUGUAAGAAAAAAAAAAUGACAAAUGAUGAAUGGAAGAACAGGACAGAGGCUAAAUCAGGUCAAACUUUGUAGGCCAUGGUAAGGAGUUUGGAUUUUAUCUCAAAUGCAAUAAGAAGUUACUGAAGUGUUUUAAGCAGGGAAUAAAAUCAUCCAAUUUAGAUUUGUAAUAGGAUGAUUCUUGCUGUCAUCUGGACAAUGGAUUAGGGUAACUGAGAACAGAUGAUGAGAUAAUUUGGAAAUGACACAAGUGAAACUAUUUAGGACAUCCUUACAUUAUUCUGUACAAGAAAUUAUGU